GUAGUUGUCGUCGAGUCACAGCAGAUUUGUUUGCAAAUUUCUAUCAAUUGAAGACAAUCUUCGGCUUUUUCGGACGAUUUAAAAGGAUACCAAGUUUUUAGAAUGCCUUCGUUUACUGUGAACGUUAAAUGGGGAAAGGAAAAUUUCAAAAACAUUGAGGUCAACACUGACGAAGAACCUUUGCUGUUCAAAGCCCAACUUUUUGCCCUGACCGGCGUCCAACCGGAGCGACAGAAAGUGCUGUGUAAAGGAAUCAGCCUGAAGGAUGAGGAAUGGAACAUGCCGAUCAAGAACGGGGCUACUCUCUUGCUGCUCGGUACGAAAGAAGAAGUUCCCCAAGAGCCGGUAGAAAAGCCAAAAUUUAUCGAAGACAUGAACGAGAGCGAGCUAGCGACAGCUCUCGAACUUCCGGCUGGUUUAGUAAACUUGGGUAAUACGUGUUACAUGAAUGCUACGCUCCAGUGUUUACGAUCGGUUCGUGAGCUGCGUGCAGCGCUGAAGGAGUAUCGAGAGGACUCCAGCAGUGCGUCUGGAUUGGCGGGUCUUGCCUCCCCUCAGGCUAUUACGAUGUCCAUGAAGAAUCUCUUUGAGGACAUGGAGCGAAGUGAUACGAUUACGCCGGUUCUCUUUUUACAACGGUUGCACAUUGCGUUCCCCAACUUUGCCCAAACAGGUGAGAGUGGUUCCUAUCGCCAACAGGAUGCCAACGAAUGCUGGUCGGAGCUGCUGAAAAUGUUGCAGCAGAAAUUACCGGCUCAAAAACGAUCGGCUGAGCUCACUGCAAAACACAGUUCCUUCAUCGAUCAAUGGUUCGGGGGAACGUUCGAUGUUGAUAUGAAAUGCACCGAGGCCGAUGAUGAACCAGUUAGCAAAUCGAAGGAAAAUUUUCUCCAAUUGAGCUGUUUCAUCUCAACUGAAGUGAAAUAUAUGCACUCCGGAUUGCGUUUGAGACUCAAGGAACAAUUGACGAAGAUGUCCCCAUCGCUCGGCCGUGAUGCUGUGUAUUCCAAGACGUCUUUAAUUAGUCGUUUGCCAGCUUACCUGACCGUGCAGUUCGUACGCUUCCAAUACAAGGGCAAGGAAGGAAUCAAUGCGAAGGUGCUGAAGGAUAUUAAAUUCCCCAUCGAUUUCGAUGCGUUCGAGCUGUGCACUCCGGAGCUGCAGGAAAAGCUGACCCCGAUGCGGACCAAGUUUAACGAUGUCCAAAAUGCGGAAGUGGAGCGCACGCUGAAGGGCAAGAACAAAUCGAAGGCCGAGCUGGAAAAGGAGAAACCGAAGACUGUCGCACAACCUUACUGCUUUGAAGACGAUCUGGGAAGCAAUAACAGCGGAUACUACACGCUGCAAGCGGUUCUGACGCACCAGGGACGUUCCAGCUCGUCGGGGCACUACGUCAGUUGGGUUCGCCAGAAGGACGAUCAGUGGAUCAAGUUCGAUGACGAUCACGUGUCACCGGUGGACACGGAAUCAAUACUCAAACUGUCCGGCGGAGGCGAUUGGCACUGCGCAUACGUACUUGUGUAUGGGCCAAAAAUACUGGAAAUUCCAGUUGAAACGGAAUCCCAAGCCGGAGGAGAGGAGCAGAAAACGGACGACCAAGCCACGUCGUCGGAAAAGAUGUCAACCGAUUAAUUUAUGUUACGCCGGCCUGGUAAUCGUUUCGUUUUUCUAUUUGUUUACGGUUGAUUUUUCCUCAGCGCAUGGUGGUUUAAUUUAUAAGCAUGAUUAUCAGAAUUACCCACCCGCCCAUCGUACAGCUUUCCCAGCGAAUCAUUUCUUCUCGUCGAAUGCAAAACGGUUGCAUUUUUUACUGCAACAGUUUCGAAUGAACCGUAACCGGCUGAUUGAAUGAAUAAUAAACUGAAAACUGAUA